CCGAGCGGAUGGGGCAGGUUGGGCUUUCAAAGUUUUGACCGGCCCGAUCCACAACCCUGACAGGACGAUGAGGCGGACCACGGCGUUGCUGCUGCGCCACGUCGGCGGCGGGAUCCCGCAGGCGCUCGCCGACAUGCUCGUCUGCCCCCUGUCCAAGAAGCCUCUCAGGUACUGCGAGGCCAGCGGCUCUCUGGUCAGCGACGCCGUCGGCAUGUCCUUCCCGAUAGUAGAUGGAAUUCCUUGUCUCCUUCCGAAAGACGGCAAGUUGCUCGAGGACCACCAGAGGGAAUCAGGACAUGAAACCAGCCCUAGGGAUUCCUCUGAUUGAAUCCACGUUGUUGUACAAGCCGGCAACAUCGUUCUGUAUUUAAAAAGUAAUCGAGAUGGAAGCAAGAGUAUGUGCUGUCCUCAAACUGUUUCUUGUCGCCGUAAAUCAUUCUCACGUUGAUUUGUACUGACUAUUUUGCACAAUGGAAAUAAAAUUAUUACAUGGUAUUGCUCUUA